AUGUCUAAGCGCAAGGAUAAGAAAAAGGUGGAAUCCUCCACUAUGGAUGAGUCUCGACUCCGUGUUGCAAUUAUAAAUAGUGAUAAGUGCAAGCCCAAAAAGUGUAGGCAGGAGUGCAAACGUCACUGUCCAGUUUCAAACAUUGGCAAAUUAUGUAUUGUUGUUGAGUCAACGAGCAAAAUCGCUUGUAUAUCAGAGAAUCUAUGUAUUGGUUGUGGUAUAUGUGUAAAGAAAUGUCCUUUUGAGGCUAUAAAUAUAAUUAAUUUGCCUAAAGAUUUAAACAGUGAAACAGUUCAUCGUUAUGGUCCUAAUACUUUUAAAUUACACAGAUUACCCGUGCCUAAACCAGGACAAGUAUUGGGACUGGUUGGUACAAAUGGCAUAGGUAAAUCUACGGCCUUGAAGAUUUUGAGUGGGAUGCUAAAACCCAAUCUAGGCAAAUUUGACGAUCCUCCGGAAUGGCAAUCAAUCAUAUCUUACUUCAGGGGCUCUGAACUUCAAAGUUACUUCACUCGUAUGCUAGAAGACAAUUUAACAUCUGUGAUCAAACCGCAAUAUGUUGACAACAUACCCAAACAAGUUGUUGGCACUGUUUCUGAUAUUCUAAAGGUUAAGGCAGAUGACCCGCUAUACAAUGAAUUACUAACGGAACUAGAACUUACUCACCUGAUGUCAAGAAAAAUAUCUGAACUAUCUGGCGGUGAAUUGCAAAGAUUUGCUAUUUGCGUUGCAAUACUUAAAAAUACGGAUGUCAUCAUGUUUGAUGAGCCUAGCAGUUAUUUAGACAUUAGGCAACGUAUAAAAGCAGCAAAAGUGAUGCGACAGUGUAUUAAUCGCGAUAAAUUCAUCAUAGUUGAGCACGAUUUAUCCGUACUAGACUAUUUGAGCGAUUAUGUUUGUUGUCUAUGGGGAAAACCAUCAGCAUAUGGAGUAGUAACCACACCUUUUAGUGUUAGGGAAGGGAUUAAUAUCUUUCUUGAUGGUUUCAUACCCACAGAAAAUCUAAGGUUCAGGGAAGAAUCACUGAGCUUCAAAAUCUCCACCGAUACUGAUAUUAAUGCUGAAGAAAUUAGAAGAUUUCACUCGUAUUCAUAUCCCAUGUUGGAGAAAAAGAUGGGCGAUUUCAAACUAAAAAUUGAACCUGGUAACUUUUCAGACUCGGAAAUAAUAGUUAUGCUCGGUGAAAAUGGUACAGGGAAAACCACAUUCAUUAAAAUGCUUGCCGGUCUGAUGAAUCCAGAUAAUGAUUCGGAUAAUUUGCCACGGUUGAGAGUAUCUUAUAAACCACAAACUAUAUCUGCUAAAUUUGAUGGUUCAGUGCGAGAUUUACUAUAUACCAAGAUAAGGACCAAACUCGGAGACCCGCAAUUCCAAACAGAUGUGGUCAAACCUAUGCAAAUAGAGUCCCUAAUGGACAACCACGUACAAACACUUUCCGGGGGGGAACUACAGAGAUUGGCUUUAAUAUUAGCCAUGGGCAAACCAGCAGAUAUUUACUUAAUAGAUGAACCUUCAGCCUAUCUAGACUCAGAACAACGUAUUAUUGCCAGCAGGGUGAUUAAACGUUUUAUUUUACACGAGAAAAAAUCGGCUUUCAUUGUGGAGCAUGAUUUUAUAAUGGCUACUUAUUUAGCCGACAGAGUUGUUGUAUUUGAAGGGGUUCCUGGCCGUGAAUGCGUGGCUCUUAAACCAGAUCUGUUGGCGCCUGGAAUGAAUCGCUUUUUGAAAUCCCUAGAAAUAACUUUUAGGCGCGAUUUCACAAACUAUAGGCCCAGAAUAAACAAAUUGGAUUCCACUAAGGACAAGGAGCAGAAGAGUCUGGGUAUCUAUUUCAGUGUUGAUGACUAG